AAGGGACCGACUGACUGCUACGAGCACAUCUACUUUACUUGACCUCAAUGACAGUAGGGUUUUGCUUACUGUAGUUUCUUUCGGCUCAUUAUUCGUUUGCCUGUGAUAAAUAAGUUUUAAAAAACCGAAGAUGGUGUGGGUAUUGCUGCACAGUAUUGCGGUACCAUAGAACAUCUCUUUUGUUUGAACCAUUUCCUGGUGCGAAGGGACCAGGACACUGUUUAUCUCGACACACGGGUGUGCCUUACAAGCGUUUUUAGUUAAAAAUGGAAACGCAAUUAGUCGCUGCGCUGGACGACAAGUCCAAUUCUUACAAGGAAAACCUCAUCGGGACGUUGCUGGCUAUAUUUGGGAAUCUUUUCAUCAGCAUUUCACUCAGCGUGCAGAAAUACAGCCAUGUGCGUCUGGCUGGCUUGAAGGACACACGGACCUAUUACUGGACGAAGACCUGGUGGCUUGGGCUGCUGCUGACGAUAGUGGGGGAGCUGGGAGUCUUCACCUCGUACGCCUUUGCUCCCCUCUCACUGAUAACACCCCUGAGUGCAGUCUCUGUGAUAGCAAGUUCAAUAUUAGGAUUCAUCUUUCUAAGGGAUAAAUGGAAACCAAAAGAUUUUUUAAGGCGAUAUGUUUUAUCCUUUAUAGGCUGCGGCCUGACCAUUGUUGGGACCUACAUGUUUGUUACGUUUGGGCCCAAUACUCACGAACGACUGACUGCAGAAAAUAUAGUUAAACAUCUCAUAGGUUGGCCUUUCCUCUUAUAUUUGCUCCUGGAGAUCAUUGCUUUCUGUUUGCUGCUGUAUUUUUACAAGAAAAAGAAUGCAAAGUACCUUGUAGUUAUCCUCAUUUUGGUAGCACUGUUGGGCACUAUGACUGUUAUUACAGUGAAAGCUGUAUCUGGAAUGCUGGUCCUCUCCAUAACAGGAAGCUUGCAGCUCAACUACCCCAUCUUCUACAUCAUGUUUGUGUGCAUGGUAGCAACUGCUGUCUUCCAAGCAUCGUUGUUGACCGAUGCUUCGCAACUUUACGAUUCUUCCCAGAUUGCCAGCAUUAAUUAUAUUCUUUCUACGUUGUUUGCUAUCACGGCAGGAGCAGUAUUUUAUUUGGAAUUUAACCAUGCUGAUGUUCUACACCUAUGUAUGUUUUUUUUGGGAUGCUUGAUUGCCUUUUUAGGAGUCUUCUUGAUUACCAGAAAUCGUAAAAAAUCGAAAGCUUUUGAACCGUAUGUCACGAUGGAUGCUGUGGCAGCUCUUCCAAACAUGCAUGACAAAGGGAGGAUGAUACAGCCGGAUUACAAUGGGUCUUUUUCGUAUGGGGCACUGGUGAGCAGCGAUUCCAUGCCGGAGAGUUAUACUCCUGCCACGCUGCCUAUAGUACAGGAGCAACACAAUUCCAAAGCUGCAUCUACAAUGCCUUACUGGGCAUCCUAUCUUAAAAAGGACUAGACACCCGAGGAGAAGAGCAUUGAAAGGGCAAGGAAGCGCGUUCUAUUACCAAAUUGUUGUAUUUGAAUGACCUUGUUGUUGUUUAAAUUUAUUUAUUUGUACAUUUAAGCUUUGAUGUACUAAAGACUGAAAUACCUUUUAAAAGCAGACCAGGACAACUUGCCUUACUGAAAGAAUUUAGUUUGUCAGCUGCAGUUGUAGCUGUGUUACAGUGCCCAUACUACUGCAAGAUUGUUCAUCCUCGGCUCAUCUCGAUAGUCCCUGAUAUAUUCAUACCCCUGAUGUUGUUGAUAGUUCUUGCCAGUUUUAAUUGUCAAGUUACUACCUGCAACUAAGUGAAGUUUACAGUACAAGGAAAAUGCAUUCUUACUCAUUGCAACGGCCCACGUCUGAAAAACAGAAUACCCCUGCUUUGCUUCAGAAAGAAACUACAGGAAGUUUUGUUCGGUAUUUUGUAUAUUGACCCUCAAAACUACUGUACUGCAUGUGGAGAUCUUAACCAUGAUGGAGAACUUUUUGCAGCUCUUGCAACAUUUGGGGUUAGGACCUGAAGGCAAAGGAUCAUGGUCUGAAAUGCGGUUUGAGAAGGCAGUCUACUGUAAAUGAAAGGGAAUUAUAUUUUUUAAAGUAAUUGUAUUUGAAACGUUUAAAUGUACUCAAGGUAAUUUAUUUAAAGUGUUAUUAACAUACUAUCUUCAGAUUUCCUGUUGACGGGAUACACCUUAUAAAACAAGGUGUCGGGUGAGCUGGAGUGUGUUCUCCUGCGUUAAUAUUUUCAUUCUAUUAAAUUACAGGCUGAGUCUAUUUUACUGUCUGGUGUACUAGCAAACCCUAGCGUUGUGGGCAGGGUAUGCUACUUAGGGUAUAUUUUUAAAAUGCCUUUAAAUCGAUAGUUCUCUUAGACCAGCACAAAAUGUUUAAAUAUGUACUCUUAUUUAUCCUUGUUAUAGAGCUUUAUUGGAAAUGUAAUUUUGUACCAGGAGUUGUAUUGAUCGGACCUUUGAUUUCUUCGGCUAAAGCUUCGAGUCGCUCUUCCUUUGGUACAAAUCCGGGCUGAACAUCACAGUUGUUUGAUUUCAGUAUUAUGUGUGGAUACAUUGACUGGAGUUCAGUUCACUGAUUUAUUUACUAACAACACUUUAGAAAGCAUUACCUGUUCUGUUCGGUUACAUGCGUCAUCGUUACUCCUGCUGGGCAAUACAAAAUUAAAAAUAAAUGCCGUAUUUGUCUUCCAAACACUGUCUCCUUUUAAAGUAAAUAUAUCCAACAGUUGUUGCUGAGGAAUUGAGAUCACAGAAACAUGAUAGUCUGAGCAAACCAAACCAACCUUCGAUACUGUACCUGUAAUUAUUAUCCAUUCAAAUUCAGUCAGAACUAGCAAAAUCUGUACAUGUGGCACAAUAAUGAUUGUCAGCUAAGGUAUUAAUUAAAUAUAUUUUGUUGGACUUAAUACCCAUUUUAAUAAGUGUGUACACUUAGAACAGUGUUAGAAGCAUAUUUACAUUAUUGUUCUGUGAAGCAGCCAUGACAUUUUACAAUCAGUAUAGCAGUUGACAUGCAACUAAGCUUCAUUGAUUCAAAUAAUGUUAAUGGUUUCACAUUGCGUUCAUUGUAGUCUCUGGUGUUCACGUUAACCGUGCUACCAAUGACCUGAAACUAAAUCAAAAUGAUAGCAUUGGUAUUGUGGUUGGAAUGUAGUUUUUUUUUUUUAAUGAUUAUGUGUGCUGGAAUAAUUGCAGACUUCUGCUGCAAUAAGCCGUUUCUAGUAAAUGAAAAGUUAUUUAUUGCCAAUUUUUGUAUAUAAUGUGAUACAAACUGCUUUAACGUUUGUGCCAGCACUUGCUAUUAAAUAUACAAGAUUUAAAUACACGUGUAUAGAGCGCAAAUUACCCAUUAAUCUUCUGCUUCCUCUACCAUUAAAAGUUUGCAUGGUUGCCUCCAUACUGGCAAUUGUACAGUAUGCGGCUGAGUGCAAUGGGAGGGAAUAGAGUAAUUGGUCUGCACAAAUAAUAAUAAUAAAAAAAAACAAGAUCUGUGACUAAACAAAGCUAAAGGUGACCAGAUAUCUCAACCGACUCUAUAACUAUAUUGUAUUUAUUAUAUAGCUGUAAGCAAGUCUGCCAUGCAGCUAAAACUUUACUCUAGGGUCUGUUUUUUGUGCUGCUGUACACUACUGUAAUGAAUGACAAAUGAACUGCUGACUGCCUUAUUGAAACUCGUCUGUGUAUUUUGUCAGAACAAUCUCUCAUGUUUUAACAUUGUUGUGUGUGUGUGUUUUUUUUUUGUUUUGUUUUGUUUUUAAAUAAAUAUGGAAGCUGGCAAAUAAAAUGUA